AUGGCAGCCAUGACUCCACCAUCCCGGCUCCUCGGAGCCGUCCUCCUGGCAUGUUGUGGGCUCCUGGUUCUGCUCUCGGCCGGAACAAUGGACCAGCCUGCGAGGCGCCUCCUCGACUCUCAGAGCCUAGAAGAAAGCACCCUUGCUGAGGCCAAGAGGGCCGUGUCCUUCCUCCCGGCUGUUCCAAAUCUUGUCAAGCCGGCGACCCUGGCAUGGCACUUGCUGAUCGAAGUUUGGCUCUUCCUCGCCAUCGGGAUUGCGAGUAUGCCGCUGUUCGCCUUUCUUUGGGGCGUCUUGCUUUCUUUGCUAGCGGCAGGACGUCGAUGUGGGCAGGAGUCAUACAAUAAAGUAGUUCUGGUUCUGAGUGGACUCUCAGCUCUCGUUGCUGCAGCGUUCGCAUCGCCCUGGGCCUCAGCGAAGAUGAAGAUUUCUUUGCCGAAGGAUUGGAGACAGCUGGAAAGCUGCACGCACUUGCUCGACCGGCCCGAGCACACACUUCCCUGGCACGCCGGGGGCCAGCUUAGCAAACGUGAGCAGGAGCAGAGGCUUGACUACUACGUGUCAUCGAUCUUGUGGCUGAUCUUCGCCUCCUUUGUGCUGGGGGAGCUACUAACAUGCCUUGGGACGGCAGGCCGCAGGCUGGCAGCCUGGAUGCGGUCUGAGCCGCCGCCCAGCUUCACGCCACUGCGAGUUCAUGAGCCCCAAAACGAAGAAAACGAAAGUGGGCAAGGCUUCUGUUGGCACCGCGCCUUCUGGCAGCUGGUCCUGCACAUGUUGUGCGCCACCUUGGCAUUGUUAUCUUCAGCCACAGGUCGCCUGGAUGCCCAUGACGGACUCUGCUGGGAGGUCUACGAGUUCUGGGUGGUGAUUAUGCUGCUGAUCUACGUUCUCCAAGCCGUUGGCCUGGUGCUCUGCCUUCCCAGCGACUGUGAGGUGCCCUCGCUGGGCUACCCAAUCGUUCAGGCGGUGCUGCCGAUCCUGGGGGAGCCCCUCGACGUGUUUAAGGACUGGCUUUUCAUUGGGCUGGCAGGGGCCACGCAGUCGUACUUCGGUUACAUUUUGGCUACAUUGGGCGUGCUGGUGCUCAUCAUUUCAGGUGCCUACAUGCAAGCUUUCCACUCGAAUGACCUUCUGAAGCAGCUGUCGCCGGUGCAAGCCAUCCUGCAACGGAAAGCAAGCUUUCUGGAUGGCCAGACCUCGCCUGCCAAGCUUGCUGUGGCACUUACAGAAGACCUACCCCAAGCAUUGCUGCAGUCCUUUUUUGUCAUCGUGUAUGGCGGCUCCACGAUGCAGUUUCUCUUCAUCGGUGUCAGCUGCAUAAAAAUCUUCGCCUGCCUUGCUCUUCGAGCAGCCGUGCUCGAGGACGCGCAGCUCUACGCGGAGGCGUGGGAGGCUUGGGCCCACUUCCUGAAGCUGAAGCUCUGCCUCUUCCAGACCAUCCUGAGCCCACAGCACUCGUGGGCGCUGGCAGGAAAAAUGGACAUGGCUACCACUCUCUGCAAUCUGGGCAGGUUUGAGGAGGCGCUGCAGAUGGAGCAAGAGGUCCUGGCUGCUCAGACUGAGGCUCUGGGAGCACGCCACCCGGACACGCUCAGAGCGCAAGGAAACAUUGCAAUGACUCUCUGGAGUCUGGGCAGGUUUGAGGAGGCGCUGCAGAUGGAGCAAGAGGUCCUGGCUGCUCAGACUGAGGCUCUGGGAGCACGCCACCCGGACACGCUCAGAGCGCAAGGAAACAUUGCAAUGACUCUCUGGAGUCUGGGCAGGUUUGAGGAGGCGCUGCAGAUGGAGCAAGAGGUCCUGGCUGCUCAGACUGAGGCUCUGGGAGCACGCCACCCGGACACGCUCAGAGCGCAAGGAAACAUGGCAAGCACUCUCAGGAAGUUGGGCAGGUUCGAGGAGGCGCUGCAGAUGGAGCAAGAGGUCCUGGCUGCUCAGACUGAGGCUCUGGGAGCACGCCACCCGGACACGCUCAGAGCGCAAGGAAACAUGGCAGGCACUCUCGGGGGUCUGGGCAGGUUUGAGGAGGCGCUGCAGAUGGAGCAAGAGGUCCUGGCUGCUCGGUCUGAGGCUCUGGGAGCACGCCACCCGGACACAAUCUGUGCGCAAGCAAACAUGGCAGGCACUCUCAGGAAUCUGGGCAGGUUCGAGGAGGCGCUGCACAUGGAACAAGAGGCCCUGGCUGCUCGGACUGAGGCUCUGGGAGCACGCCACCCGCACACGCUUGCCGUGCAAGGAAACAUGGCAAUGAACCUCCGGAGUCUGGGCAGGUUCGAGGAGGGGCUGCAGAUGGCACAAGAGGUCCUGGCUGCUCGGACUGAGGCUCUGGGAGCACGCCAUCCGAAAGCGCUCCGAGAGCAAGGAAACAUUGCAAUGACUCUCUGGAGUCUGGGCAGGUUCGAGGAGGCGCUGCAGAUGCAGCAAGAGGUCCUGGCUGCUCGGACUGAGGCCCUGGGAGCACGCCACCCGGACACACUCCUAGCGCAAGGAAAUAUGGCAGUGACUCUGAAGAGUCUGGGCAGGUUCGAGGAGGCGCUGCAGAUGAGCCAAGAGGUCCUAACUGCUCUGAUUGAGGCUCUCGGAGCACGCCACCCGGACACACUCCUAGCGCAAGGAAAUAUGGCAGUGACUCUGAAGAGUCUGGGCAGGUUUGAGGAGGCGCUGCAGAUGGAGCAAGAGGUCCUGGCUGCUCGGACUGAGGCUCUGGGAGCACGCCACCCGGACACACUCAUCGCGCAAGGAAACAUGGCAAGCACUCUCGGGAGUCUGGGCAGGUUUGAGGAGGCGCUGCAGAUGAGCCAAGAGGUCCUAAUUGCUCGGUCUGAGGCUCUCGGAGCACGCCACCCGGAGACGCUCAGAGCACAAGAAGGCCUGGAAUUUAUUCAGUUUCGGAGGGACCAAGAGGUCAUGGCUGCUCUUUGCCGGGGCAUCCUGGAGGCCCAAGUAGAGGUGUCAGGCCCGGAUAUCCAUCCCUUCCUGGCUGAUCUUGUGGAAUGCCAAGAGCGGUCCGAGCCGCCAACACUCUUAAAUCGACAUCGCCAAGAGGGUUCGACAGGAAGUGGCGACGCGAGGAAGAUCUCAGGCCCGUGA